AUAACUUAAGCUUCCAUUUCCACCACCUCUCACAUCACAUUUUUCCCAACUGCCACUAUAAUUAUAUAGAACCGUACUUUGUGUUCUUCGGCUCUUCCACGAUAUGGCUUUGGAAAUUUGUGUCAAGGCUGCUGCUGGUGCUCCCGAUGUUCUUGGAGACUGUCCAUUCUGUCAAAGGGUUCUCCUAACUCUAGAAGAGAAGAAAAUCCCUUACAAAAAGCACCUAGUUAAUCUCAGCGACAAGCCCCAAUGGUUCUUGGACAUAAGCCCCGAAGGGAAAGUGCCAGUACUGAAGGUUGAUGACAAAUGGGUGGCUGACUCUGAUGUCAUUGUUGGGAUUCUUGAGGAGAAGUAUCCUGAGCCUUCACUCAAAACUCCUCCUGAAUUUGCAUCUGUGGGAUCAAAGAUAUUUGGAGCAUUUAUAAAGUUGUUGAAGAGUAAGGAUCCAAGUGAUGGGUCGGAGCAGGCUUUAGUGGAUGAAUUGAAGGCAUUGGAUGAACAUCUGAAGGCACAUGGUCCAUUUAUUGCUGGAGAAAAUAUCACUUCAGCAGAUUUGAGCUUGGGACCAAAGCUGUACCACCUUGAGAUUGCUCUUGGGCAUUUCAAGAAGUGGAGUAUUCCUGAAAGCCCUACCCAUGUCCACAACUACAUUGAGUUGAUCUUCUCUUGGGAAUCUUUUGUGAAAACCAAGGCUGCAAAAGAGGAUGUCGUUGCAGGUUGGGCACCAAAGUUCAAUGCAUGAAUCAACUCCAAGUUGUGAGUGUUCAGAACAUGUAGUUAUGAAAUUUGAGCGACAUGCUUACGAUACACAUAGACCUACGUCGAUACUGCUGGUUCUGCUGUGUAAUAAGUUAACUAUCUAGUAGUAAAUUGCAGUGCUUCAUAUUAUUAUUAUCAAGGGUAUGUCUAUUACUUUGAAGUUUCUA